ACACUAUAUUAUUCAAAUAUAGCAUGAUAGGUCCACUUUAAAGACACACUAAUGGGAAACUGAAGAAUAGCUUAAAUAUUGAUGCUUAGACUGUGAUUGGUCAAACCCGUGUCUCUCCUGCUGCUUUUAGCUCAGUGAGGAUAUCCACUAUCCCUGCCUUUGGUACCAUCAUGGAGACGGUCACACAGAAAGAGCUGCUGGAGCGUGUCAAAAUGCAGCUGGCGUCCUUCCUGGAGGACCCUCAGUACCAGGACCAGCACUCUCUGCACAUAGAGAUCAUCCGGACCUUUGGAAGGGUCGGUCCUAACGCAGAGCCACGCUUCAGAGAUGAGUUCGUGUUGCCACAUCUUCACAAGCUGGCGCUGGCUAACAACAGCCAGGCGACGGAGAUAAAGAGGAUCGACGUCGCCACGCAGCUGUUUGAGGCCUACAGCGCCCUCUCCUGCUGCUGUAUCCUUUUCAAUCAAAUUCAAUGGUCUGUGAAAGCUGGGCCAAUACACUG